UUCGUCAAUGAAAAAGCAAUUUGUAUAAUAUGCAAAAUAGUAUCAUGUGUUCAAAAUAGAACAGAAAGCUUGCAAUUUUGAUUUAUGCAUAUUUUGUGCAUGACGAUUAACUCACGUCGGUAACAAGGUCAAACCCGAGAUUUCACGAGAGCAGGAAGCAGCAUGGCCGGUCUGGAGUUGCUUUCUGAUCAGGGUUUCCGCAUAGACGGCCGUCGGCCGCAUGAAUUGCGAAGAAUACAGUGUCGCAUGGGGGUGUUCGGUCAGGCAGAGGGAUCUGCGUACGUGGAACAAGGGAACACUAAAGUUUUAGCGGCUGUUUACGGUCCACAUGAGAUCCGAGGCAGCAGAGGGAAGAUGCAACCAGACAAGGUGCUGAUCAACUGUCAGUACAGCAUGGCCACAUUUAGUACGGGGGAGAGAAAGAGGAGGCCGCGGGGAGACAGGAAGUCACAGGAGAUGACAAAACACCUACAGCAGACAUUUGAGGCUGCUGUACUAACACAUCUGUAUCCCAGGUCUCAAAUUGAUAUUUUUGUUGAGGUUCUCCAGUCUGAUGGUGGGAACUACUGCGCCAGUGUCAACGCUGCCACUCUAGCCAUCAUAGACGCCGGCAUUCCUAUGAAAGACUAUGUUUGCGCCUGCUCUGCCAGCUACAUAGAAGAUAACCCAGUAGUAGACAUUAACUAUUUGGAGGAGUCAUCGGGAAGUGCCGAGCUCAUCAUGGCCAUGUUGCCCAAGUCAGAGCAGAUUGUACUCCUACAGAUGAAUUCUAGAUUGCACGAGGACAAUCUCAGUAAAGUAAUGGACAUGGCCACUCAGGGGUGUAAGGAUGUCCACUCUAUACUGGACACUGCAGUCAGAGAACAUUUGACCAGCAGUAUAGCACUACAGGACAGUAGUGUCACAUAGUCGAUAGAGAAUAGACUGGCAGUUUUGGGCCUUGGGGAACCCUAUGCCAAAAAAUAAAUAAUUUUUUUUUAAAUAAAUAAAUAAAUAGUUACUACUAUACAAAAAGUGAAUACAUUUUCUGCCUUGAUGUCUUGGACGUGACAGCUCUGCCUUGAUGUCUUGGACGUGACAGCCAGUUACCGUGAUUUUUUUUUUAGAAAACCAGGGAUGUGGUUGCCAGAUAAUUAUGAUUUUUGUAAGAAGAGAGGAAAUCGCAAAAAGUAUUGGAUUACAGUAAGACCUGCUUCUAUGUACAUGGUACUUUUAGGAAGAUGUAUGGAAUCUGUAAAGAUUAAUUGUCUAGUUUUUAAAAUCCUGAUUCAUGGCCUUUAGAAAUUCACUUUAAUGUGGUUGUAUUUUUGUAGAAGCAAAAGUUUCUAAAUAAAUCAUGUAUCAUUUCGUAA